CUGAGAGAGACAGGGACCGAGAGAGACAGGGACUGAGAGAGACAGGGACCGAGAGAGACAGGGACUGAGAGAGACAGGGACUGAGAGAGACAGGGACUGAGAGAGACAGGGACCGAGAGAGACAGGGACUGAGAGAGACGGGGACUGAGAGAGUAAUAAGGUACACACAUGGAUAUUACAAGCUAAAGUAAAGCUGUUGUUGACCUACUCUUCUGAAAAGCAAAGGGGAGGAGGACAGAAAGGGUGUGUGUGUGUGUAGAUGUGUGACAGCGGUGUGUGUGAAGACAAGCCCCCCGCCCCCCCUGUCAGAAUGAACAGCCAAGGAGGCGGAGCCAAGGACUCCGUGUCGGGCAACUACAACUCUCGGUCCCUCCCCUCUGUUCCUGAGAAACAGAAACGAAGUAAAAUGAUCUCCAUAUUUGCCUCCGAGAAAGGAGGCAGGAAGAAGGAUCGUGAUAAGGACAACAGACCAGAGAUCUCCUCUCCGUCAGACUUUGAACACACCAUCCAUGUGGGCUUCGACUCUGUCACAGGAGAGUUCACAGGCAUGCCGGAGCAGUGGUCCAAACUGCUCCAGACGUCUAACAUCAGUAAAUCGGAACAGAAGCAGAAUCCUCAGGCUGUUCUGGACAUUCUCAAGUUCUACGACUCCUCCACUGCAAAACAGAAAUACCUCUCCUUCUCAGAAAAAGAUGCACAGUCGCCUGGAAAGCAGGGUGCCACGUCCUCGCCAUCAGGCGGUAAGGACGGUGAUGAUGAUGAGGAUGAUGGAGACGAAGCGCCGCCCCCUAUUGUGGCGCCACGGCCUGAGCACACCAAAUCAGUGUACACCAAGUCUGUCAUCGACCCACUUCCUCCGCUGCCAGAGCCUGACUCCGCAUCAAACAGGAACAAGAAGAAACAGCAGGGCAAGAUGACUGACGAGGAAAUCAUGGAGAAACUACGAACCAUCGUCAGUAUUGGAGAUCCCAAGAAGAAGUACACACGCUAUGAGAAGAUCGGCCAGGGAGCGUCUGGUACUGUCUAUACAGCCAUCGAUGUUGCCACUGGUGCAGAGGUAGCUAUCAAACAGAUCAACCUCCAGAAACAGCCGAAGAAGGAGCUGAUCAUCAACGAGAUCCUGGUGAUGAAGGAGUUACAACAGCCUAACAUCGUCAACUACGUAGACAGUUUCCUGGUAGGUGAGGAGUUGUUUGUGGUGAUGGAGUAUCUGGCUGGAGGUUCGCUCACGGACGUUGUCACGGAAACAUGCAUGGACGAGGCUCAGAUCGCUGCUGUGUGCAGAGAGUGUCUGCAGGCUCUGGAGUUUCUCCAUGCCAACCAGGUGAUCCACAGAGACAUCAAGAGUGACAACGUGCUGCUGGGCAUGGACGGAUCUGUCAAGCUCACUGACUUUGGGUUCUGUGCCCAGAUCACUCCAGAGCAGAGUAAAAGAAGCACCAUGGUGGGGACUCCCUACUGGAUGGCUCCUGAGGUGGUGACCAGGAAGGCCUACGGACCCAAGGUGGACAUCUGGUCCCUGGGAAUCAUGGCUAUAGAGAUGGUGGAGGGAGAACCCCCUUACCUCAACGAGAACCCACUCAGGGCCCUCUACCUGAUAGCCACCAAUGGGACUCCAGAGCUCCAGUCUCCAGAGAAGUUAUCUCCAGUGUUCAGGUCCUUCCUGUCCCGCUGUCUGGAGAUGGAUGUAGAGAAGAGAGGAGGGGGGAAAGAACUACUGCAGCAUCCAUUCCUAAAGCUGGCCAAGCCUCUCUCCAGCCUCACCCCUCUCAUCCUGGCAGCCAAGGAGGCCAUGAAGAGUAACCGCUAACCCUGGUUAGCCACAGAUACACUGGAUUUCUAUAUCUCUGUGUUAGCCUGAGCGCUAACUGCUAACUACUAGCCUUACCAGCUAACUUCCAGCCCUACUGUGCCAACUCGUCAGUGCCUCUCAGUAACUGACAGCAUCUCCUCCUUGAUGCUAAACACCAGCCUGCUAGCACCCUGGCUCGUACACCUACAAGUCACACAAGUCGGCUUCCUGCUCUGUUUGACUCCCCUUUCCCUCUGUCCCUCACCCCUCACUCCAUAUCACACACACCAGUCUUCCUAUGUCUCUUACCCCCUCCCUCCCUGUCUGUCCCUCACCCCCCCUCCCCAUCUGUCCCUCACCCCUCACUCCAUAUCACACACCAGUCUUCCUAUGUCUCUUACCCCCUCCCUGUCUGUCUGUCCCUCAUCCCCCCUCCUCAUCUGACCCUCACCCCUCACUCCAUAUCACACACCAGUCUUCCUAUGUCUCUUACCCCCUCCUCAUCUGUCCCUCACCCCCCCUCCAUUUUCCUCACCCUCUUUUUCAUUCAGAUGUUGUGAGGUUUUUCUGUUCUGUUUGUCUCUGCCUGCUAUCUGUUCUUUCUCUCUCUUUACUCUGACUAAGAAACUUAAAAGUGCAAUCUGUAAAAAUGAUUGUCCCACAAACAAAUAGUUCAUUUCAAUCCCACAGUAUCAGUGUUGCAGUACACCUGCAAAUAAAACUACAGAUUGCACCUUUAACAAAAUGAAAGAAAGUAAUUGCUGUAUGGAACUAUCUCGGCAGCAAAAACCAAAUGACAUUUUUCUAAAUCGUUUUGUAUAUUAUGUACUUUGACAAAUGUUGAGGGGGAAAAAAUGGUGAUACUUGGAGAACUGUUUUUGAACGUGUAUGAAUACUCUUCAUUUGGUGUUUUGUGACUAACAUUCUGAUAGAAAGCUUCCAUAACGGUGUGCCUUAAUGAACACAACAUCUAGGCUCUAUGGGGUGAAUCCUCACUUUCACUUCAUUAAGUUGAAUUGUCACUUAGUCUCCCAUUGACAUCAACGCAUGACUACGUGAAAACGGGACUUAAGUGGAAGUUAGGAUUUGCUCCUAUGAUUGGCCAAUCAAAAAGCAUUCCACCGUGCUAGACUAAUUCCAUUCCAUUUCACAGACAUUCCAGUCUGAUGAUGUUGAUGAUUUUAAUAAGUAUCCCCUUCUGUUGUUCAUUUUUAAUUAAUGAAACCAAACGUUUUUUGUUGUUGUUGCAGGAAACCAUGUAUUUUCAAACAGUCUAUGUAAAUUAUUAUUAAAGAUAGACUUGAACU